AUGGCCAGCCUCAUCCGCUUUGCGUACCCGGUUGCUCGUACCCUCCCCCGUUCUAUUCCAUCACGAGGACUUCUCAUCCUCCGCCCUGCCGUCUUACCCUUCCAGUCGCGUCCAACGGUUCGGUACUUCUCCGAGGCGAGGCAGACUGCUACUGGCGAGACUGCUGCUUCGGACAGCGAGGCCGUUGCUCCGGAGAACGAGGCAGCAGCGGGGGAUGAGGUUUACCCCGAAGAAGUGGAAGCCGAACCCGAGGUGGAAAAACCGAGGCCAUUGUCCGCCGCCCUGGAACAAAUGGCUGCGGCAGAGUUGGUCCGACCCUCGAUCGCCCAGCGCGGCUUGGCCAAGAUACUCGUGGAAGCCGGAGCGAAGAACACUCAUCUGUUACAUGAGAACAUGACCAGGAAAGAGAUGCAGGAGUGGAUUCAUACUGCGGAAAAAGAUACACCGAUUCCUGCCACGAAAGGGCAAGUGAACCGGGCUUUCUGGCUGGUCAAGACUCACCAGAUCAGCGGCGAGGGCUUGAAGGAUUCUAUGACGCACAAGGAGAUGGGCGAAUGGCUCGACGCUGCCGAAGUGAAGAGGCGUAAAGGCAUCGUACUGUCGCCAGAAGAACGCAGUCAGCCAGCUACAUCCGCUCAGAUAGCGCGCAUCCAGUCCUGGCAACCCCAUCUCCCCUCCUUCCGUCAACUAGACACAUCCGUCGCCACCAAAGGCGAAGCACAAGAUUGGAUUAACGAGGCCAAAAACAUCUUACGCGACGCGGGCAAGAGUGACAUUAUUGCGUCCAUCUUGCCGGGGGAGGAGAACACUCCCGCAUCGAUUGGACAGAUCAGGCUGGCACGGAGGUUGGGUGCAACUGUCAACAAGUCGAUGACCAGGCUGAACCUCAAUCGAAUCAUCGCCAAGCUCCUUAAGUCCAAAAAAACUCAGACCUUCCAGCCCAGUGCGGAGAGCUAGAUUGCGUUGCCGAUUUCGGCGGGAGGUUGUGUUGGGAAGUGCGAUGUAAGGCUAUAUAUACUCGUAUGCUCUGUGCCCUGGGGCUCGUUCUAGUUCAGCUCUUUAGUCCAUACAAUUCAUUCACAAUGUUCUCUCCUUGCCCCCCACGGGUCACACGGUAAUACAGAACUCACCUUCUC